AUGGGAACAUUAGAGGCCUCAACUGCAAGCAUGAUUUUCAUUUUGAUACUUGUUCUGAUAUGGGCAUGCAAAGUGCUAAACUGGUUAUGGCUGGGGCCAAAGAGGCUAGAAAGGCUCCUCAGAGAGCAAGGCCUUCAAGGCAAUCCAUAUAGGCUUUUGGAUGGAGAUUUAAAGGAGAUUCUUGAGAUUGAAAAGAAGGCCAAAUCCAAACCCAUGAAUCAUUAUGAUGAUUUAGUGUCUUGUGUGUUUCCCUACCUCCAACACAGUGUCAAAAAACAUGGCAAAAAUUCUUUUAUCUGGUUUGGACCAACACCAAGGGUGAUUCUGACAGACCCUGAUCUUUUUAAAGAUGUAUUUAACAAGGUCAAUGAUUUUCCAAAGCCUAAUAUAAAUCCAACUGUCAAGUUACUAGCUACUGGUCUUGCAAACCAUCUGGGUGAAAAAUGGAGCAAGCAUAGAAAGAUAAUCAACCCUGCAUUCUCCUUAGAAAAAUUGAAGAACAUGUUACCAGCAUUCAUCAAAAGUUGUGAUGAUCUAAUUACCAAAUGGGAGGGAAUGAUGUCUUUAAAUGGAUCAUGUGAAAUUGAUGUAUGGCCUUUCAUUCAAAAUAUGACCAGUGAUGUUAUUUCACGAACAGCAUUUGGAAGUAGUUAUGAAGAAGGUAUAAGAAUAUUUCAACUUCAGAAAGAGCAAGUUGAACUUUCAGUGAAAGCUACAAAGCAAGUUUACAUCCCUGGCUGGAGGUUUCUGCCCACUUCCAUUAAUAGGAGGAUGAAGCAAAUUGAUAGAGAUAUAAAAUCUAUGCUUAAGGUCAUUAUUAACAAGAAAGAGAAAGCACUUGAGUCAGGGCAAGGCACUAAAAAUGACUUAUUAAGUGUGCUUUUGGAGUCAAAUUACAAGGAAAUUCAAGAGCAUAAAAACAAUAAGAAUGUUGGAAUGAAUUUUGAAGAUGUAAUGGAGGAGUGCAAGCUAUUCUAUUUAGCAGGGCAAGAGACCACUUCAGUUUUGCUUGUUUGGACAAUGGUGUUACUAAGUAGGUACACUGAUUGGCAAGCUCGUGCAAGGGAAGAAGUUUUUCAAGUCUUUGGCAAUGAAAAACCAGAUUUUGCUCGCCUGAAUCACCUUAAGAUUGUGACCAUGAUUUUGUAUGAAGUUCUUAGGUUAUACCCACCAGCAGAUGGGCUUGCUAGAACAGUUCACAAAGAUGUGAAACUUGGAAACAUAACAUUACCAGCUAGAGUGCAACUUUAUUUACCAAUAAUUUGGGUUCACCAUAACUAUGAACUAUGGGGUGAUGAUGCAAAGGAGUUCAAUCCUGAGCGAUUUUCUGAAGGAGUUUUGAAGGCAACAAAUGGGAAAGUUACAUUUUUUCCUUUUGGAUGGGGCCCAAGAAAAUGCAUUGGACAAAACUUUUCCAUGUUGGAAGCAAAAAUGGCUUUGUCAAUGAUUUUACAACACUUCUCAUUUGAACUUUCUCCAGCCUAUACUCAUGCUCCAGCUCAAGGAAUCACUCUUCAGCCACAAUAUGGUGCUCAUAUCAUUUUAAGCAAGGUGGAAAUAUAA